AUGAGUAAGAGUGACACUCCAAUGGUGUCUCUACGAUAUUUACAACAACAACAAGAGGCAGAAGCACGUCGAGCCCGAUAUGAAGAAUCACGCCGAUUGGCAAAUGAGAUGUGUGUUCGCCGGGCCCGCACAUACGCCGCCCAAAAAGCCCAACAACAACAAAAAGUCCGCAGUGAUGUAGAGAAACAAUGGGAAUGUGAAGUCCAACAACAAGCCGCCCUCAUUGAUCGUAUCCUAUACGACUGUCAAGCCAAACAAGGUGAAGGUAUGUAUAAGGCAGCGGAAUUAAAACAAAAACAACAACAACUCGCCGCAGAGGAAUUAAACGCAUGGGUUGCAGAGAAUGCAUUGCAGGAUGAAAGACAUCGUCUCGCUAGAGCACAGGAACGCAUCACUCGUGCUCUUCAACAAGAACCACAACGAAGUAUAUUGGAACGAAAGAAGGCCGUUCGACUCGCAGAAGAUAAACGCAGUCGAAGUAAAGCCGCACAAUCACGACCACCUUUACCAUCUUUCGCUACUACUAAUACUACUAAUACUAAUAAUACUAAUAAUAAUAUGAAAACUACACCAUCACCUCUCGCAGGGGCUUUAUCUCAUACUGCCAUUACACAUGGAAACCGUACAAAAACAAAUAUUCAUUCUUCUGCUGCUGUGGUGAUUGUGAGUAAUAAUCGUCCCAGUUCUGUGCAGGGCAAUAAUAAUAAUAAUAAUAAUAAUAAUAAUAACAUGAACAAAGCUUCUUCUUCUUCUGCUGCUGCUGCUGUGGCCGCUGCAGAGUAUAGUAAACAACGACAAGAGGCGAUGGCAGAAGCGCAGGCAAAUGUGGAAGAGGCCCGUCGUAUUGCCGCUGAACGAGCAGCAGCUAUUUUAUUACAACGCGAAGAAGCCGAAAGAGAAGCACGUGAAGAGGCAAAAAGACGAGCAGCGAAUGUAGAGGCAUUACAACAACGUAUUAGUGCUGCAGAGAUACAAGAGAAAGUGAUGCCGACUACAGAACUGCAAGAGGCUCGUCGGGCAGUAGUGUUAAAAACACAAGUGGAGGCAGAGUUUGAGUCUAUCUUUCUACGUGAUACUUUACUCAUACCUGCAGAAGGUGCAGCUACAGGUAUCGUGGAGAGUCAUCAUCAUAAUCAUAAUAAUAAUAAUAAUAAUAAUAAUAAUAUUAACAAAAGUAACGAAAAGGAAGAUACGGAGGACUUGUUGCUAUUCCCAUUGGUAACUGUUGCAUCUCUGUUACCAAAAGAAGGAGAGAUUAUGCUGCAAUUAUCCUCCAAGCCGCUUGGUGUACGUCCUAUUGUGGAUGGAGAUGAUUUAAAUGAAUACAGAGAGGAUGAUAAGGAUGAUACUACUAUUGCUGUGUUAAAUGUUGAGGAUCAUAAUAAGAACCAUGAUGAUCUUUAUUAUCACGUUACUGGGAAUAAUAAUAAUAAUAAUAAUAAUAAUAAUAAUAAUAAUAAUAAUAAUAAUGAGGAUAAUAAUAAUGAUGAUCAUUCGGAUGUGGGGAGUGAUGCCCCAUGCGCAUCAUUGCUUGCACCUGAACCAACGCCUAUAUCAACCAAGAUGGGAAGAAAAACAAUGAAAGAGGAAUAUGAUGAAAAAAGAGAAGAAAAACAACAACAACAUCAUGAAAAGAAAGAGAAGGAAGAGAAGAAGAAGAAGGAGGAGGAAGAAGAACAACAACAACAACAAACAUCAUCAACAAGAACAUCCUCAUCCUCAACAUCAUUACCAUCAACAUCACUUCCAACAACAUCUUCACCACAAGAAAGCAACAGUCGGGAUAAUAGUCGCAACAGGAAUGAACAAGGGAUAUUAGAUGAACAUCAUGAAAAAUUCCUUAGAAAUCUUAAAGCAUUACAAGAAAAACUUUCAAUGGCAGCUGGUAAUGCAGAUAUGAAUAUUACCAAUGAAAGUUCUACACUUCAUGCUAAUGUGAGCCUUAGUUCUAUGAGCUCUAUGAUUACACCUAUGCGGCUUCCAGGAAGGGAAGAAGAGGAAGAAGAAGAAGAAGAAGAGACAACAGGCAGCUCUACAAUAGAUACGAGUGACAAUAGCAAUAUAAAUAACAAUACUAGCAGCAGCAGCAGUGGGUCAUCACUCUCAUCAUUAUAUUCUCGUCCAUAUCCUACGAUGACAGCCGAACAAUUAAAGGCUGCUUUGCAACAAAUGAAGCUGCGCAUGCGGUCAUUUUAG